AUGCAGGUGUUUCUCCUUUGGGCCAGGCAAGUUGCAGCCUCCAUCCAAGAACAGUACUGUGAGAGUUUGCCACCUGCCACCAACCACACAGGUCCCCAGUGCAACGCCUCAGUGGACCUGAUUGGCACCUGCUGGCCCCGCAGCGCCGGGGGGGAGCUGGUGGCUCGCCCCUGCCCCGAGUACUUCUACGGUGUGCGGUACAACACCACCAACAAUGGGUACAGGGAGUGCCUUGCCAACGGGACCUGGGCAGCACGGGUCAACUACUCCCAGUGCCAGGAGAUCCUCAGUGAAGAGAAGAAGAGCAAACUGCACUACCACAUCGCUGUCAUCAUCAACUACCUGGGGCACUGUGUCUCACUGGGGGCUCUCCUCGUGGCCUUCGUCCUCUUCAUGCGCCUGCGGAGCAUCAGGUGCCUGAGGAACAUCAUCCACUGGAACCUGAUCACAGCCUUCAUCCUGCGCAACGCCACAUGGUUCGUGGUGCAGCUCACCAUGAACCCCGAGGUGCACGAGAGCAACGUGGUCUGGUGUCGCUUGGUCACUGCUGCCUACAAUUAUUUCCAUGUGACCAACUUCUUCUGGAUGUUUGGAGAGGGCUGUUACCUGCACACUGCCAUUGUGCUCACCUACUCCACAGACAAGCUCCGCAAGUGGAUGUUCAUCUGCAUCGGCUGGUGUAUCCCCUUCCCCAUCAUCGUCGCCUGGGCCAUCGGGAAGCUGUACUACGACAACGAGAAGUGCUGGUUUGGGAAGCGAGCAGGAGUUUACACCGACUACAUUUACCAAGGUCCCAUGAUCCUCGUGCUUCUGAUCAACUUCAUCUUUCUGUUCAACAUUGUCCGGAUCCUCAUGACCAAGCUCCGAGCCUCAACCACCUCAGAGACAAUCCAGUACAGGAAAGCAGUCAAGGCCACUCUGGUGCUGCUCCCCUUGCUGGGAAUCACCUACAUGUUGUUCUUCGUCAAUCCAGGGGAGGAUGAGAUCUCCAGGAUCGUCUUCAUCUACUUUAACUCCUUCCUGGAGUCCUUCCAGGGCUUCUUUGUCUCUGUCUUCUACUGCUUCCUGAACAGCGAGGUGCGCUCGGCCGUGCGGAAGCGCUGGCACCGCUGGCAGGACAAACACUCCAUCCGCGCCCGCGUGGCCCGGGCCAUGUCCAUCCCCACCUCCCCCACCCGCGUCAGCUUCCACAGCAUCAAGCAGUCCACCGCUGUCUGAGCCGGGAGGGAGCUGCUCUAGGGGAUGGGGGAGCUGCUGUCCGCGCUGCGGGGGACCCUGGCACGGCACCGCCCGGCACGGCAGUGCCUGCCCGCACCCACCAGCCUGGCAGAGGACACCCUGCAGAAGCUCCUGUCCCGCUUGCUGGGGCAGACCUGGAGGACGGGACGGCUGAGAUGCUGCUUUGGCAUCUCCCCGGCGGCACUGCGACCUGCUGGGGUGGCAGAAGGAGCAGAGGAGCUGUGACCUGCUGGGGUGGCACAAGGAGCAGAGGAGCUGUGACCUGCUGGGGUGGCAGAAGGAGCAGAGGAGCUGUGACCUGCUGGGGUGGCAGAAGCAGAUGGAGGAGCCCGGAGAGGUUGCAGCAUCAUUCCCUGCCUGCCUCCAUCCUGGGCAGGGUUGCCCAUGUCCCAUCCCUGCCUGCUGUGAGGUGACAGGACAGCAGGACAUUGGCAGGACAGUUCAUGGGGCUCACCCCUCGGGAGCUGGGUCAGCCUUUCAGUGACUGUGUGCUGGGAUGCUGCUGGGGGAGGGUCAAAGCUCUCAAGGAGAGGCAAAGCCUUCUGGCUUGACAGGGGAUGGGUGGAGAGCCCUGGACUGGUUGCAGCUGUUACUUUCAGUGGCUGUGGUUUUGUACCCCCUGGGGUCAUUUGAGCCCUUCCCCUGCCCUUUGCUAGGCCCCCAGGACACUCUGUAGCUGCUGCCUGGGCUGACCAGGUCAUUUCUCAUCUCCACACUAAGGAUGGGAGGCAGAGCAAUAGGGUAGGAGAGAGGAGGGAAGCAGGCAGAGGAUGAUGAUGGUUCUCAGGAGCUCUGAGCAGCUGAAUUCAGUUAAUCCUGGGGCUCCUGGGGGCCUUCCCAGCCCUGAAGGGUCUGCAGGCCCUUGCAAAGCUCCUGGACCUCAGGCUGAUUCCAUACCCCUGCUCUGGGGGGUGGGAAGGGGAGGGAGCACCACAGAGAAGCAAUGGAUGAGCUCCCCAAAGGCAGCUACCAUGGGGACAUGCUGUGG